AUGAAUAAACUUUCGCAUUUUGACGAACAAGGCAAAAUUAAAAUGGUUGACGUUUCCGAAAAAGAAACGACUAAACGCCGCGCGGUGGCUUCGGGAAAAGUUUUGAUGAAUAUUGCAACAAUUGAAACGCUGAAAACGCAAACCAAUCCGAAAGGAAGUCCGCUCGAAAUUGCCCGCAUCGCCGGAAUUAUGGCGGCGAAACGCACUUCCGAACUUAUUCCGCUCUGUCAUCAGAUCAAUCUUUCAAAAGCGAAUGUUUCGGCAGAAUUGACCGAUUUCGGCGUUUAUAUCGAAGCCGAAGUCAUCACGAAUUCGCAGACAGGUGUUGAAAUGGAAGCCUUAACCGCCGUCAGCAUUGCGGCUUUGACCAUUUACGAUAUGUGCAAAGCCGUGCAAAAGGAUAUUGUUAUUUCCGAAAUCCGGCUUGAAACCAAAGAAGGCGGCAAAAGCGGCGAUUUUUCACGCGAAUAA